ACGAUGUUUCCUUGUAUGUAAAAACUGGUAUGAUACAUUAACAAUAUUUUUCACGUAAAGGCUUCAUACAGCUGGGCACGCUAUUGAUAAAUGUGGAAAGGAUGUAUCUGUUUUUGAUGGUGAUCCAUGUUUUGCUCAUUAAUAAAGGAGUGGAUGCCGAAACGUUUACUUUAGGAUACAUCACCGGAUCAAAACGACGUGAUAAUGAUCUUGAAUAUCAACGUCCCGGCCUUCGGAUAUCCGGUGCUCUCACUCUCGCCGUGGAGGAGGUAAACGCCGGGGAACUUAAUAGACGCGGACAUAAGUUGGACUUUUUCGUUGCCGAAACUUAUGGUAAUGAAGAAAUGAGCAUUUUGAUGACGGCGGAUUUGUGGAAAAAAAACGUUUCCGCAUAUAUCGGUCCUCAAGAAACUUGCAUCCAUGAAGCCAAAAUGGCAGCUGCAUUCAACAUUUUAAUGAUAUCAUAUUUUUGCACGCAUAACGAAACGUCGAAUAAAAAGGAAUUUCCAACGUUUGCGAGAACAAGGCCACCAGAUAGUCAAAUUGCAAAAUCCGUGGUUUCAGUACUGAUGGCUUUCAAUUGGACCAAAGUAACAUUUUUAUAUAUGAAUUCAACAAUGUUCGAGUUCAAUAAGAUGUCUACGGUUGCGACUACAAUUCUAAUGUCUUUCGAAGCAGCUGGAAUUGCUGUAAAUUAUUGUCUUUCGUGGAACGAACCUUAUCAUGUAACCCACAUGAAAAAUCCUUUCCACGAACUCGUUAGACAAACGUAUCGAGGUACGCGAAUUUACUUGAUACUUGGACAUUAUUAUGAACACAUCGGUCUCUUGAUGGCUCUGGACAAAAUGAAUCUCUUGGAAAAAGGCGAAUAUUUUGUCGUUGGUAUUGACAUUGAGUUUUACGAUGAGAAGCAUCCGAAUAAAUAUCUGAAAGGGCUAUUACAAAAAAACAUGGAUUUUUCAAUAAUACGAGCAUAUCGAAGUUAUUUCAGCAUUGUUGCCUCUGCCCCAAUCAAUUAUAUGAAUUUCACUCGACUGGUUAACAAGUACAGACAGAAGCCACCAUUCAAUUUUACGAACCCAUCAGCAAACGUCGGAGGAAUAGUUCAGAUAGUGCCGGAGACAGCGUAUCUAUAUGAUGCAGUACAUUUAUAUGAAAGGUCGCUGCUGCGUGCACUAAAGAAUAAUAUAAAUCCAUGGAAUGGGAAAGAAAUGUUAUCGACAUUGCGUGGAAUACAUUAUCAAAGUGCAAUGGGAUACAUGGUAUACAUGGAUGAAAAUGGAGACGCCGAAGGUAAUUACACAUUGAUUGCAUUGGAUAAUCGACCUGUGAAAGGCUACGGUCUUUAUCCAAUUGGAUAUUUCAUUGGAAAGGAGCAAGGCACAAAUUUACCAAAGCUUCAGUUAAAUAAAAAAAUACAAUGGCUCGGAAAUGGACCACCGAUUGCAGAGCCUUAUUGUGGAUACUAUGGCGAAAAAUGUUACUCUCAUACUGGCAAAAUUAUAGGAGGCAUUCUUGGCGCAUUGUUGUUUAUUAUUACAGUGAUUAUCUUAAUUUUUUAUAAAAAUUGGAAAUACGAGCAAGAGAUAGAUAGUUUGCUUUGGAAAAUUAACUACAAAGACAUUGAGAUCAAGGAGUACACAGAAAAGCGAACUAGUCAAGUGUCGCUAAAUUCUAAUUCAGAUGCAGAUUUUCGAUAUUCAACGAUUUAUACACAAAUUGGACUGUAUAAAGGACAAAUUUUCGCUGUUAAAAAAAUCAGAAAAAAAUCGAUUGAGAUCACGGAAAAGAUGAAAAGAGAACUAAAAGUGAUGCGCGACAUUAGACACGAUAACUUGAAUUCCUUUAUUGGUGCUUGUAUCGAACCACCUAACAUAUGUGUCAUCGUCGAAUAUUGUGCACGUGGUAGUCUCAAAGACAUAUUGGAGAAUGAGGAUCUGCAUCUCGAUAAUAUGGUCAUUUCGUCUCUUGUCGGCGACAUUAUUAGAGGUAUGAUCUAUCUGCAUGAAUCGGUAAUUAAAUAUCACGGAUCACUGAGUCCUUCCAAUUGUCUUGUGGAUUCACGAUGGGUCGUAAAAUUAACGGAUUUUGGCCUGAAUGAAUUUAAACGAAAUGAGGAAUGCGAUUCUAACGUCAUAAAAACACUCCAUGGAUUGCUAUACAAAGCACCUGAAUUAUUACGCUGUACUUCUCCCUGGGAGCUAAAUGUUCGUGAUUUGCAAAGAGGGGAUGUAUAUUCAUUCGCCAUAGUUUUAUACGAAUUACAAGGACGACAUGGACCAUUCGGUAUCACUGAUUUAUCAGCAGAUAAAAUAUUAAAAAGAAUAGAAAACCCAUAUUAUGAAGUAUCACCGUUUAGACCACCAUUGGAUCAAUUGGAUAAUACGUUCGAUUUCAUUCGUAAAUGUUUGCUCGAGUGCUGGUCAGAAAAUCCGGAGCUCCGUCCAGAUUUUAAAAUGAUAAGAUACAAGUUGAGACCGCUACGAAAUGGCAUGAAAGCGAAUAUUUUCGACAAUAUGAUGGCAAUGAUGGAAAAAUAUGCAAAUAAUCUUGAAGCACUUGUUGACGAACGGACGGAUCAAUUAACUAAAGAAAAAAAGAAAACAGAUGCAUUACUAUACGAAAUAUUACCACGUUACGUAGCCGAACAACUAAAAAUGGGACAUAAAGUAGAGGCUGAAAGUUUCGACUGCGUUACCAUUUAUUUCAGUGACAUAGUUGGUUUUACGUCCAUGUCUGCGGAAAGCACGCCGUUAGAAAUUGUUGACUUUCUCAAUGAUUUAUACACAUGCUUCGACUCGACGAUAGAAAACUAUGAUGUUUAUAAGGUCGAGACCAUCGGGGAUGCUUAUAUGGUGGUAAGCGGUUUACCGAUAAGAAAUGAUAUUCAGCAUGCUAGUGAAAUAGCGAGCAUGUCGUUGUGUCUUUUAAAUGCCAUUAAACAAUUUACCAUUCGUCACAGACCAUUUGAUAAACUACAACUUCGCAUAGGAAUACAUUCCGGUCCAGUAUGCGCUGGCGUCGUUGGAUUGAAAAUGCCACGAUACUGUUUAUUCGGUGAUACAGUGAACACUGCUAGUCGUAUGGAAUCCACAGGAUUACCGCUCAAAAUUCAAUGCAGCUGUGAGACGAAGCAGCUGUUAGAUCAGCUAGGAGGAUUUAAUCUUAUCGAGCGAGGGGUGAUUUCCAUGAAAGGGAAAGGCGACCGUUUAACAUAUUGGUUAAUCGGAGAAGAUCCGUUAUUAUGUAGCAAACGUAGCAAAGAAAGAGCAAGUAAACAAAGCGGUAAAAAAAUCAACGUGGCAAAUGCUUUAGUUCCUCGAAGUUCUCUAAAGAACAAAUCUCUCGUCAGAACAACUUUCACGAGAUGUUCCAGCGAUUCUCCGAAACGCUUGCGAUUUACCAGUUCAGAUCAGCUUAAUCAAAAAGAUUCCAGGGUGAGUCAAUCAGAAUCGAUAGCCGACAACAGCAAAACGAAGAUUUCAUGCGUGUUACAAUCGUCUCGUAUGGAAAACUGGCAAUCCUCCAGCAAUUCGUGUCCCUGUGUUAAGAAGCUCUACGAUCAGGAAACCCAAGAACUGAUAAACGAAUCGUCGUCGACCAUCAAGAAUGUAUCGCUGCUUCGAGCCAGAUUGAUCCACAAUAACAACAGUCUUAUAUGUUCUGAAGCCAAAAGUUUCCGCUUCAAUUCACCCGACAUACUCCUUACUUGUAAAUCAGUACCCAACAGCCCCAAGUAUAGCAAAGGAUAUCUGAGCAUUCAAAAGAGAGUGGUGAAGUCGUAUGAAAAAAUCAAUGAGCGCGAUGUGACACCACUAAUUUAUGAUCCAGGUGGUUCAGAGAUUUAAAAUCACCACAAACAAUAGUAAAUAUAAUAACAAAAUUUAUCAAGAAUUUUAAUAUUAUGUGCUUCAUGUA